UCUCAUGUAUAAAUAUUAAACGCCCUAGGAGAUUUAAAUACAACAUCCGUAAUAAUUUUCUUUAGAAAGGAUAUAAUUAUGACAGGAAAAUGAAGAAGAAUAAAAAUUUGGAGAAAUUGUUGAUUCAUCCUGGUGACAAUUUCCCUCCUAAUAAUUCAUUACAAUUCUACGAUUUGAUGAAUGAGACGAUGAGGGUGAGAUCGGCUGAGAUUCCCAGGCUAGAUAAUCCUAAUUUUUUAUUCAUACCCAAAUUCGAUGAUUUAUCCCAUCUUAAAUCCUUACUUUAUAAAUCCCAAUCUGAUACACAAAUAGAAACGGAUUCUGUAAAGCGUGAUCAAAAGAUUGCUAAAUUAUGUUACCAAACUGAAAUGAUCGAUAAUGUAUCAAUUCAUGAAAACUCAUCUAUAUCGGAUAGUAUAUCAAAUAUCGAAGGAAAUGGUGAAAAUGAUGCCUUGGUGAUUAAUCCUGCACAUUCUUCCUCAAAUCUCGAUUCACUUCUAUAUAAAAUGAGAAAAUGUGCAUUGGUUGAUAAUAUCCUCCCAACCAAAUCGAACAGCUAUAUAGAUGAAGGCUUGGUGAAAGAUAAACACAAAUUCUCAUUGAUUUCGAACUUAUCUUCAUACAAUAAUUGGCUCCAUUUUCUACCUAGUACGAUAGACCCCUUUAGAUCAAAUUCAAUUGAUGAUAGCUUGAAUAACGAUUACCAGAUCAAACGUAAUAAAAAUGUUAUUUGUCUAAACGGCGCUGAGAUGGGUCCUAAGAUAAACAUUUUAAGGCACCCCGACGUGGGAACUCCGGAUUUUAUGAGAGCUAUUAACGAUCAAGAGGAAGAAAUGUACAAAUUGAUGUACAAGCAUAGUUUACCCUCAAACUUACCUAAUAUAUCAUCAACAUCUUCCUCUAGUAAUGCAUUUAACGCGUUGACAGAUUCGAUUUACAUGGGACCAGUUAUAUAUUAUAAUCCUCGUGCUCACAUCCUAGCUCAUAAUAAUUAUUCCGAUAGUGGAACAAAUACAAAUCCUGCGUUUCCUGUUCUUCCACCCAUAAUAAGCGAUAUGAUUCAUUAUGCCAAUUACAACAUGAACAACAAUACAAUAAUUGAAAGGAGAAAACAGGAUAAUAUAAAUACCUGUAAUCAUAGCAUAUGUAAGGGUUUUCAUCAAAACUCACAGAUUCAUUCUUCCCUAUUUAGGCAAUGGUCGUCGCCGCAAAUGGGAAGUCACAAUCAUGGCAGAUAUUUUGAACGCGGAAACAGGCCUAAAUACCUAAGCAAGGAUCAUUUCUUGAAAGCAGAGGGAAAACCAUUAUUCUAUCAAUCCAAAAAACGAGAUACUUUGGUCAACAUAACUAACAACCGUAAUGGUGAAUUAAGGCUAAUUGAAAACAAAUCGCAUCAUUCAUCAAAUUUUAAAGAUUAUAAUCAAAAAUACUCUGAAAAUCCUCUUCCGAAUGUCACUGAAUUGCCACAAAAAUUUAAAAAGGAUUCAAUUGUAUUUCGCUUUUCAAACGACACGGCUCAAAAGUUUAAAGAUGAUAACAAAAAGGUUUCGAGAAAUUAUUCAUAUCAAGAUGAUAACCUGAUUUAUAAGAAAAAAGAAUAA